AUGUCGCUCAAGGACAAAGUCAUCGUCAUCACAGGCGCCGCCUCAGGCAUGGGCCUGGAGACCGCCCGUCUGUUCGCGAGCAAAGGCGCCAAACUCUCGCUCGCGGACGUCCAGACCGAGCGCCUGGCAGAGCUGCACGCCGAGCUCACAACAGCAUAUCCCGGCGCCCAAUUCAUGACCGCGACCGUCGACGUGGCCAAGCGCGCGGACGUCGACGCCUGGAUCGCCGACACCGUGGCCACGCUCGGCCGGCUCGACGGGUGUGCGAAUCUCGCGGGCGUCAUCGGGAAGCAGAGCAACGUGGUCCCGAUCGAGCGCGUCGACGACGCCGACUGGGACUUCAUCUACAGCGUCAACGUCGUCGGGCUGCGGAACUGCCUGCGCGCGCAGAUCCCGCACGUCAACGAGGGCGGCGCCAUCGUGAACGCGUCCAGCAUCCUCGGGCUCAUGGGCGCGGCCAACAACCUGGCGUACGCGAGCAGCAAGCACGCCGUCAUCGGCAUGACGCGGGUCGCGGCCAAGGAGCUGGGGAAGCGGAAGAUCAGGUGCAACUGCUUCUGCCCGGGCCCCGUGGACACGCCGAUGCUGCGCAACAGCUACGAGAUGCUGGGCCAGGAGGUGGACUACAGCUUCCUCCCGCUGGGCCGGACGGCGCACCAGAAGGAGAUCCCAGCGACAGUCGAGUUCCUGAUUUCCGACGCCAGCUCGUUCAUCACGGGCGUAGCGCUGCCCGUCGACGGCGGCUGGUUCUGCUGA